AUGACCGCCAUGACUAAUACUUCAUCACUUAUCGUUACCAUCAUCACCGCCGGUUUCAUUCCGAGGGGAAGACUCAUCGAGAUUGCCCACUCUGAUAAGCCAAACACAGGGCUCGGAAACUCCCGUCGUUGCGGUGGGGUCACGGGUGAUACCGAGGGUAAAUGUGUUUCCCGCACCCCUGGUAUACAAUAA